AUUUGGUCGGUGCAGGCCAUGCUCGCCGACCAGAGCAGCCCCGAUAAGCCUCCAAGUUGGUCCCGCAUUGGUCCUGCCACAUUCUUGUGUGGUGACCCCGCACCCCAGCUUGGGCAGGUGACGUAAAUUGAAUUGCAGACUAUUCCGCGCGUGUGAACGUGUUUCUCUUCCCCAUCUCCGUCCCUCUUCUUCUUCUUCUCUCUCUCUCUCUUUUCUGUCAUUGACAUCUGCUCGUGUAUAUCGAGCUCAGGUCCAAGGACACAGAGUAGCUGGUUGACUAGGUAGCUGCAUACCAGCGCCGCCAAGGUCAUCCACUACCAUGAGCGCUCUCACCAAGGACAACUUGGAGAAGCUUCCAAACGCCGUUCCACCUGGUCAUCGAACACCUUCUUUGCACCAGCCUACCUUGUCUCGACGAAGUUCUAUCUCGGCUGGUCAUGGACAAGCAUCAGGUCCCACGCGCGAUGUCGAUAUCUCUCAGAUUGGUAUCCCCGUUCACACCCCUCGAAAGGAGCGACCGAGUCAUCAGCGAAGCUUGACGGGAUCCUACUUCCCCUCUACUGCGCACAAGGUCUCCGAUGAGGAUUGGCCAAUCGGUGACAAGACCACCUGGCAGACGGCCAUGCAGGCUGAAGAAGUAGACCCGGAGAACACACAAGAUGUAGCGAACAGCAUUGUCAGGCACGUCACUACUACGCUCGCGAGACAGGCCAUCAACGUCGACACGCUCGCUGCGUAUCAGGCUACCGCCUUGUCCGUUCGAGACCAGCUGCUGAAGCGAUGGAACGAGACUACUGGCUACCACACUGCUCGGGCCCCCAAGCGAAUUUACUACCUCUCCAUCGAGUGGUUACUCGGUCGUUCGCUUGACAAUGCCGUCCUCAAUUUGGGAAUGAAGAACACCUACGAAGAUGCCACUCGAAAGCUCGGUUUCAACUUUGAGGAUCUCAUCGAUGAGGAGAGAGACGCUGGUCUCGGAAACGGAGGUCUCGGACGAUUGGCCGCAUGCUAUAUCGACUCCAUGGCCACGCUCAACCUUCCCGGAUGGGGUUAUGGUCUUCGAUACCAGUACGGUAUUUUCAAGCAGCUGCUCUCCAACUCGGGAGAACAGCUCGAAGCUCCCGACCCAUGGCUAGAUCGAGAAUCGCCCUGGGAGAUUCCCCGACUCGAUGUCACUUACCCUAUUCGAUUCUACGGUCACGUCGAGAAUGUUGCAAACUCGGACCGAGCCAUCUGGUCGGGUGGUCAAGAAUGUCUCGCCGUGGCAUACGAUACCCCCAUUCCAGGUUAUGGAACUAAGAAUUGCGCCAACAUCCGUCUCUGGAAAGCUGUUCCUCAGGCCGGUUUCGAUCUCAACUCCUUCAACGCCGGAAACUACGAAGCCAGUGUCGCCGCCAGUAGUGACGUAGGCAACAUUACCCAAGUUCUGUACCCCAACGACAACAUGUAUCAGGGUAAAUUGCUUCGACUCAAGCAACAGGCGCUCUGGACCAGUGCUUCGCUUCAGGACAUCCUCCGACGAUUCUCCAAGCUCGAUAGACCAUGGAGCGAGCUUCCCGACUACGUCUGUAUCCAGAUGAACGACACGCACCCCACCUUGGCCAUUCCUGAAUUGAUGCGAAUUCUGAUUGACGAGGAAGACAUUCCUUACAGCCAGGCGUGGAAGAUUGUCACCAAAGUGUUUGCGUACACCAAUCACACUGUCCUGCCCGAAGCUCUCGAAAAGUGGGAACUUUCUCUGUUCGAAAACUUGUUGCCCCGACACCUGCAACUUAUCUACAAGAUCAACUACGAGUUCAUGGGUCAAGUCGCCAAGCGAUGGCCCGGAGAUAUGGACCGACUGCGACGAAUGUCCAUCAUCGAAGAAGGAACUCCCAAAUACGUGCGAAUGGCGUACCUCGCUAUUGUCGGAUCUUUCAAAGUCAAUGGAGUCGCCGAGUUGCACAGUCAACUCUUGCAGUCUACCAUCUUCCGCGACUUUGUCGAGUUCAAGGGCCGCGACUUUUUCACCAACGUCACCAAUGGUAUUACGCCUCGACGAUGGCUCCUGCAGUGCAACCCCUCUUUGGCCGCUUUGGCAACCCACACUCUCGGAAGCGACCACUGGCUCGUGGAGAGCAAGCAGCUUUCCAAGCUCAUUCCCAUGGCUGAUAAUCCCAAAUUCCGAGAGGCGUUCAGAUCGAUCAAGCAGGAAAACAAGGCUCGAUUGGCAGAGGUUCUCGAGAAAGAGCUGGGAGUCUCAAUCAACGUCAACAGUAUCUUUGCGGCCCAAAUCAAGCGAUUGCACGAGUACAAACGACAAACCCUCAACGUCUUUGGAAUCAUUGCUCGGUAUCUCCGCAUCAAGAAGGCUUCUCCAGAGGAGAGGAAGAAGAUCCAACCGUGGACCUUUAUCUUUGCUGGAAAAGCUGCGCCAGGAUACUACAUUGCCAAGCUCGUUAUUCGUCUCAUUAACAACGUCGCAAAAGUUGUGAACAACGAUCCUGCCGUCGGAGACUUGCUCCGAGUCUGCUUCAUCCCAGACUACAGUGUUUCCAUCGCCGAGGUACUCAUUCCUGCAGCCGAUAUCAGUGUGCAGAUCAGUACCGCAGGUACUGAGGCGUCCGGAACGAGUAACAUGAAACUCGCCCUCAACGGUGCUUUGCUUCUUGGUACUGUCGACGGUGCAAACAUUGAAAUCGCCGAGGACAGUGGAGAAGACCAAUGCUUCAUGUUUGGUCACCUCGCUGAACAAGUUCAAGACGUCCGAUACAACAACAGCUACAACCCGACUUCUCUCGAGCAACGAUCGCCUGAACUGUACGAGGUCUUCAAGUUCAUCGAGUCUGGAGCCUUCGGCGAGGGCCAAAUUUACGAGGCACUGCUCAAGACGGUUUACGACCAUGACUACUACCUUGUUUCCAACGACUUUGGCUCUUACCUCGAAGCUCAGCGUUUGGUGGACGAGCUUUGGGGCUCUGAUCAAGACGAGUGGACCAAGAAGUCAAUCAUCACCUCCUUCUCUAUGGGAGACUUUAGCUCGGACCGAUCCGUUCAAGACUACGCCGAUGGGAUCUGGAAUGUGGCGGCGGAACGAGUGCCCGACGAUCAAUAAGGGUCUCACGACUUUGACUAGGACUGUCUUGACCCUCUGCGUUUGUUACUAGAAUCAUUUACCCCUCGCCCCCUUCUGCCGAUCUGAAUCGAUGAAAGCAUCCAUACACCCCAUGUUGAUAGACACUUCCGGUCUGUAGCUGGUCUCCAAAAACUAUGUCCAUAGGGAUUUCGAAGGAAGAAGAAGAUUGUGAAAAAGUCAUGGACAUGAAUGAAACUGUGCAUGUUG